AUGGCCGUCCAAGACCCCAACUUCUGGCGCCGCUUCAGCACCGCCGUGCACCAAGACGACGUCCAAAAAGGCACUCCGCACCUCAAGCACUCGUACGUCGACUCCUCUCCUAGACCCAUAUCCUCCGCCCCCAUGUCGCCCACCUCGCAGUGCCAACUCUUCACACCCACCUCGCCCGUCUUCGCGCCCUCGGCACUGCGUUCCGCGCAGGUAUCCACGCCGCCUCCCGCACUCACGCGAGACGCGGUGUGGAACGAUAGCGAGCAGCCCACGCGGCAGCCCAGCAAGCUGAAGAAAAGCCCUUCGCGAGCAUCCACUCGCCCGCUCUUACAUCAGCACCAGCGCAACACCUCCUCGCUGCAACUCACCCCUCCACUUCCACUUCCACUCCCACAGCCCAAUGCCCCCUUCCGCACACACUCCUCCGGCCUGCGUUCUCCCUCCCUCAUAUCCCUCUCCGGCCGCCCGCGCGAAGUCUUCAGGACGUGGACGACGAUUACAGGCCCGGCUAACCAUGGUGCGUGCAGCGGGUCGUGGCUCGCGAGCCAGAAGAAGAAGAGCAGGCAGCGCACGUGGCUGUGUUGGUGUUUUUGGCUGGGCCUGAUGGGCCUGGUGGCGGGUGUUGUUACGGCCGUGUUGAUUUUGAGACGGGAGGGGAUCUUGAAGUUUUGA